CUAGUUUCUGGUAAUUGUCGUUCUGUUUAUGUUUUGGGGUAAGUAUUUGUGGUGCAAGACUCCAGAAGAACCGAGAAGUAUAUUGUUUCAUCUGUCCUGUCAUUCAAAUUGACUUGCCGUCUGCUGAAGAGAUUUGAUCAAUAGAAGGUUUGGAUCUAUUUGUAACACAAGCAAAAUGGCUGAAAAGGAGGAGACAGAUCCUAAGACUCAACCGAAGUCCGAUAGUGAGAAUGUUGGUGUGAAUGCCCAGAAGGUGUUAGAUGGUUUAAAUGAAUUUCUGGAUCCAAGUUUUUUGGGUAAUUUUAUGAGAGAGAGGUUGCAUCUAUCAGAUGAUGUUGAUGAAUCAGGGAAACAAGUUUUAGAUGAAGUGAGUGUAGAAGGCGUGGCCAGAUAUAUUAAAGAUAAUAAAUGUAAAAACAUCAUCACAAUGGCUGGUGCUGGUAUCUCUACAUCGGCAGGUAUUCCUGAUUUCCGUAGUGAAGGAAGUGGUUUAUAUGACAACCUACAGAAGUAUAAUUUACCGUGUCCAGAAGCCAUUUUUACUAUAGAUUAUUUUCAUGAAAAUCCCAAGCCUUUCUUUGUAUUAGCCAAAGAGUUAUUUCCAGGUACAUUAACGCCAACACCUUGCCACUAUUUUAUCCGUAUGUUACAUGAUAAAGGUUUAUUAUUAAGACAUUAUACACAGAAUAUUGAUACAUUAGAGAGAAUAUCAGGUUUACCCGAUGAUAAAGUUGUUGAAGCUCAUGGAACGUUUCAUACUUCACAUUGUUUAACAUGUAAAAAACAAUAUACAUUAGAAUGGAUGAAAGAAAAGAUAUUUUCUGAUGUGGUACCACAAUGUGAAGAAACAGAUUGUGAAGGUGUUGUGAAACCAGAUAUUGUGUUUUUUGGUGAAGCUCUUCCAAAAAGAUUUGCAGAUUGUGUAGGACCGGAUUUUGAGAAUUGUGAUUUGUUGAUUAUAAUGGGAACAUCUCUUAAAGUUCAACCAUUUGCCUCACUAUCAUCCAGAGUAUCUAAAGAUUGUCCUCGUCUGUAUAUAAAUCUACAAGCGGCUGAUCCAGCACCUGCUGGUUUUCUUGCCUUCUUCAUGCCUACUAGUAGUUUUGAUUUUGAUUCAGAGAAGAAAUACAGGGAUGUGUUUAAACAAGCAACAUGUGAUGAUGGAUGUCAACAAUUAGCAGAUUUAAUAGGAUGGGGGAAGGAAUUAAAGACCCUAAUAAAAACCGAGACAGAAAAGAUUAAUAAAGAAAACGCCAAAUCUGAAAAACCAGAGAAAGUCAAAGCUGUCUGAAUAUUAAAACUGGUUUUACUUGUUCACAAUGUUGUAUUAUUGACUUAAAGAGACAUUAACACUCUAACCAAAAAAAAAAAAGAAAGUUGUUAUUGAUAAUUUUGAAUAAUAACCCU